UAACCAAGCGCCUCCUUAUCCGGUACACGCGGUCGAGUCACUGGCGAGGUAGUUGCAGAGACACGGACGACAUUCGGUCGCAUCGGAAUUUCUUUCGGUUUUCGCAGGACCCCACGCGGAUCUUCGCUCGGUGUUUAUGUUGGAAGUGUAGCCGCGGUCUCACAGAGCAAUCAUGGCGCGAUACGGGCAGCGUCCCGAGAACGCCCUGAAACGGGCAUACGAGUUCAUCGAAGUGGGCAAACCAGCCCGGGCUUUAGACACGCUGCAAGAAGUCUUCCGUAACAAGAAAUGGACGUACAGCUGGUCGGAAUCCGUGCUGGAGCCCAUAAUGUACAAGUACUUGGACCUCUGUGUGGAACUGAAGAAGUCCCACAUAGCGAAGGAGGGUCUGUUCCAGUACAGAAACAUGUUCCAGUCGGUGAACGUCGGCAGUUUGGAGAACGUGAUACGCAGUUACCUGAGGAUGGCGGAGGAGAAGACGAACGCGGCUCGCAAGCAGAGCCAGCAAGCGGUGAUCGACAUCGACGAUCUCGACAAUCUCGCCACCCCCGAGAGCAUCCUGCUGUCCGCUGUGAGCGGCGAGGACGCGCAGGACAGGAGCGACCGCACCAUAUUGACACCGUGGGUGAAAUUCCUGUGGGAAUCAUACUGCCAAUGCUUGGAGUUGCUCAGAACCAACGCGCACGUGGAGACGCUCUACCACGACAUCGCGCGCAUGGCCUUCCAGUUUUGCCUCGAGUACAAUCGUAAGACUGAAUUUCGUAAACUCUGCGAGAAACUGCGCAAGCACCUGGAGGAGAUCUGCAAGCUGCCGCAGCUGGUCUCGAACGUCUCCAUGAAUAAGGCGGAGACGCAGCAGCUGAAUCUCGAGACGAGGCUGAACCAAUUGGACUCGGCGAUACAGAUGGAGCUCUGGCAGGAAGCGUUCAAGUCAUCCGAGGACGUGCACGGCAUGAUGAACUUGUCGAAGAAGCUACCGGUGCCGAAGACGAUGGCCAACUACUACCAGAAGCUGGCGAUGGUCUUCUGGAAGGCCGGCAAUUUCCUCUUCCACGCGGCCGCCCUCUUCAAGCUGCUCCAGCUGUCCCGCGAGAUGAAGAAGAACAUGUCGUCGGAGGAGCAACAGCGAAUGGCGAAUCGCGUACUGCUGGCGACCCUGUCGAUACCGUUGCCGUCCGCGCACCCCGAAUUCGACCGCUUUAUCGAGACCGACAAGAGCCCGUUGGAGAAGGCGCAGAAGCUCGCGACCCUCCUGGGCCUCUCGCAGCCGCCCACUCGCGUCUCCCUCCUCAAGGACAUCGUGCGCCUGAACGUGGUGAUGCUCGCGUCGCCUCAGCUGCAGGAGCUCUACUCCUGGCUAGAGGUGGAGUUCCAUCCUCUGGAGCUCUGCACCAGAGUCGACUCCGUCAUCCAGACUCUGCAGGCGGACGAGAACAGCCCGUUGACCCAGUACGUCCCGGCGCUGCAGGACGUGACGCUCGUGCGUCUCGUCCACCAGAUCUCCCAGGUCUACCAGACCGUCCAGUUCUCCCGGCUGCUGGAACUCGCGACGUUCACGAGCGACUUCCACCUGGAGCGGCUCCUGGUGGACUGCGUGCGCUACAACGACAUGCAGAUCAGGAUAGACCACGGCAAGACGUGCGUGCACUUCGGCGUGGACCUGUCGGAGGCGCAGCGCGAGGACCACCCGGACGGUCCGGUGCUCCAGGCGAUGCCGUCCGAGCAGAUACGCUGCCAGCUGGUGAACAUGGCGACCGUGCUGCACCGGGCGAUCAACGUGAUCAACCCGAACAAGAAGAAGCUGGAGCGGGAGAAGCUGCGCGGCGCGAUGGUCGCGCAUUACCACGAGACGAAGAUGAAGGAGCACCAGAGGAUACUGGGCAGGCACAAGAUCAUCGAGGAGAGGAAGGAGUACAUCGAGCACAUCAACACCGUGCGCGAGGAGGAGGAGAUGCGCCGGCAGGAGGAGCUGCAGCGGCAGCAGAUGCUGGCCGAGCAGAAGAGGAUGGAGCAGGAGCGCGAGGAGCGCGAGCGCAAGCGGCAGCAGAGCGAGAUCCAGCAGAUCAAGGACCGGCAUCUGAAGGAGAAGAUGCAGCAGAUCUCGCAGACCAGCCACGGGCAGAAGGUGUUGAAGAAGCUCGACGAGGACGAGAUCAAGAAGCUGGACGCGGAGCAGAUCGCGGCCCGGGAGGCGGAGGAGCUGCAGAAGGAGCGCCGGGAGAUGCAGCAGAAGCUGAAGUCGCAGGAGAAGAAGGUGGAUUACCUGGAGCGCGCGAAACGCCUCGAGGAGAUCCCGCUGCUGGAGAAGGCGGUGGAGGAGAAGAUGGAGCUGGCGAAGCAGUGCUGGAAGCAGCAGGAGGACGAGCGGAUCGCCGUCGCCAUCGAGGAGAGGCAGCAGGCGGUCGCGACGCAGGAGCGGAUGGCGCGCAUGAAGACCGACCACGACAUCUUCCUCGCGAAGAUCCUGGCGGAGCGGAAGAACGUUUACCUGGAGAAGCAGACGGAGUACGACAAGCUGCUGAACGAGGAGCGCGCGAAGAGGCUGCUGCAGCGGAAGAAUCAGCGCAAGGCCGAGCGCAAGGCCAAGUGGGAGAAGGAGCGCGCCGAGGCGGCGGAACGGAGGCGCCUGGAGGAGCUGCGAGUCAAGCAGGAGGAGGAGAAGAAGCGGCUGGAGGAGGAGAGGGCCAAGAGGGAAGAGGAGGAGAGAGUCAGACGAGCCGAAGAGGAGGCCAGGGAAGCCGAGCGUCUGGCCAAGCUGAAGAAACAGUCGGAGAUCAUGCGGUCCAGGGAGGCCGAGGUCGAGCGGAAGCUCGAGGAGGAGAGGCAGCGCAGCAAGGAACUCGCGUCAACCUGGCGGCGCAUGGACAGGGAGCCCGAGCGCGAUGCCCCGAAACCUUCGUUGGAGUCAUGGCGGCGUAAUCCUGAUCCGAAGGACUCUAACGGGCUGAAAAGCGAGACGGAUCGCUGGAGGAAGCGCGACGACAAAAUCGAGGACUCCUCGUGGAAGAGAAGGGAGCCGGAGCGGCGCGACGCGGACAAAUGGAGGAGAAACGACGACUCGGAGAGGUGGAAGGACAGCAUGGAGAAGUGGAGGGACAACUACGACAGAGACGAUCGCGAGCGCGAUCGCGAGCGUGAGCGUGAACGCGAGCGUGACCGCGAACGUGAUCGCGAGCGUGACCGCGAUCGUGAGCGCGAGCGAGACCGCGAGCGUGAUCGCGGGAUGGACGGACGCUCGAUACGCGAAAUUCCCCGGGAUACGUUGCCAUCCGAUCGAGACCGCGGCAGAAUGUCCGACCGUCGUGGCGGCUAUCGACGUGAUGAGCCAAUACGAAAUACGAAUCAGGAUUGGCGCAAACGCGACCCGCCACAAGAUUCGCCCAGAGAUCCACCUAAGCGGGAGCGAGACGAGCGCAAAGACGACAGACUUCCACCCAGGCCCGACGACAGAAGACGACCGCUUGAGGACGACGGCUGGUCGAAAGUCAGUCGGCGCUAACGAUGGAUUCACAGCGCUCCGUUUUAAUAAAGGAAAUAAAGGAAAAUAUUUGCUUAA